AUGAAUCCAGAAUAUAUUUGUUAAGAACCCUCAUGCAGUCUAUCAAUAUAGCAUUCUAAUCAUAUUUGUUUUGAAAUUUCCAAUUUAGAAUGUUAUUAUAAUGAAUUAUUUAAUUCUAAUAUCAUUUUGGAUUCUAAUUUUUAUUUCACUCAAAUUUAAUUACUCAAAGAAACACUUGAUAAAAUCAAAACUACUUUUUUAGAUAAAUUAUCAAUUCAAUAAAAGUAAUAUAAUUUAUUGUUAGAUGAAUAUCAAAAAUCUAACCCAAAUUGGAAAUUAUUAGCUUAAAAUGUAGAAAUAGGAUCAAAUGGAUUAAAAUUAAAGAUUGAUUGUGCAGAUAUACUAUAUAAAAUAGGUAAUUUAUUAAAAAUAUGCUAAAAUUUUUAUAAUCAAAAUACAUCAACAUAAAAAUCUGAAAGUAGAAUCAAAAUCAAAAUAAAUACACCAAUAUAGUCAUAAACAAUGGAAGAAGAAAUCUAAAAUAUAGAAAUUAAAGCUAAAUUGUAAGACAAUAUUUCUGUUGGAAAUACAUCAGAAAAAAAAAUUAUUUAACUCUAAUAUAUAUAACCUGAUUCAACUCUAAUAUUAUUUGAAAAUAAUAAUUUGAUGAAUUAUAAUUUAAUAUCAAAGUUUUCUAGAUAACGAAUAAUUUUAUGUAAUAAAUUUCAUUAUUUUGACAAAAAACUUUUAAUCUAAUACAAUAAUUCUAAUCAACUUUAUUAAUUUGAUUCUACAGAAAAGGUUUUUAAUCAAGUUUAUGAUUUUUAAGUUACAGAUACUAUAUGGUUUUAAUUGGGAUAAGAUGAUAUGAUUUAUCAAAAAUCAAAUUUACAUUUUUAUAAAAAAUCAUUCAAAACCAAAGUAGAAAUUUAAAUACUAUAAUGGAAUUUCAAUAUUAAGACAAUUAAUUAUCUAUUAAAAAAUCAUUUAGCCAUAUUUUAUCAAAAAUUAUUAAUUAUCUAUAAUCUCAAUAAUUUAUCUUAAUCAGAAUGGCAAUUAUAAAUUAACGAUAAUAUCUAAGAAAUUAAAUAGAAUACUAAUGAUUAUUUAGUAUUGAUUGGUUUUACUCACUUAUAUAUGAUAUCUAUAGCAAAGAAAUCUGUAGUAAAGAAAUUCAAUUUUGGAUAGCCAAAUUGUUUGAUUAUUCCUAGUCCUUCAAUUCCAUAUUUGUUUCUGAUUGGAUAUAGUGGAAGUGUUUAUGAAUCAAAAGCCUAUUUUCACAACACAAAAUAAUUAUUAUCUAAUAUCAUAAGUUAACACCCUACUGCUAUUUUUAUGGAUGAUCAAAUUAUAUUAAUAGGAGAUGAUUUAGGAUUCAUAUAAAAAUUUAAAUACGCUUUAGGAAAAUGA